CACAACUCCUGAAGAAUAUUGCUCGGAGGGUUUCACAACGAUUCAUACUCUCCGCUGGCUCCAUUUUUCAAAUUGACACGAAAAGCAUGAUGAAGAAUCAUUCCCUCUUCAAAUUGCUUUCGCUUGGUUUGCUCCUUUCUUGGAGCACACAAGGCUUUAUUCCACAGACAAUAUCGUCCCACCCUAUGUGUGAGCGAGCAACAAUCUCGCACGUUCUUCACGCCAAUGCGGCUGAUAACAGUGCCGCAAAAGAGAUCGAGAAAAAUCUGCGCCAGGAAUUGACUGAACGUAAUUCAAAGGUCGAAGAUGAGGGAAAGUACGCGGUGGUUGACGGAUCUGGGAUGGACACCGAGAAAGAAAAACCUUCCACUUCGGGAUCGAAAGAGGAACCGCAAUCUAUGAAUGAUGAACGAAAAAUGCUGGAGCGAUUGAUCAAAAAGCGUGCCUAUCCUUUGUUUUUGGCAGAAAAGGGAGUUGAAAUCAUCGAAGAUACCGUGGAUGGUCUAUUUGUGAAAGGCAGCAAUGAAGUUGUAACCAACGGAGAGCGAGAAAAAGUUGUAGUUCUUGGGACCGGCUGGGGAGCUGCCGCAUUUUUGAAGGGCAUUGAUGCAGUCAAGUACGAUGUUACUGUCAUCUCACCUCGCAACUAUUUCCUCUUCACACCAAUGCUUGCUGGUGCCUCGGUCGGAACAGUAGAUUAUCGCUCUAUCACUCAGCCAAUCCGAGAGGUAAGAAGAACUCUUACUCUUCUGUAUGAAAAGAUGACGUGAAAGAUAGGGUUCGAAUCAAACCAAACGGGACGUAAAUUGCAUUCGUGAACGCCAACCUUUUUCGUUUCGAAGAAACCAACCAAUUUGAUUUGUCUGCUCUCUUCGUCUUUUUACAACAACGUGAUGAUUGUGUUCUUUGUUACUCUACACGAUACACAACGUUAUCCAAUCUUGUUAGGUUAACCGGGAUGCAGAUUACCUGGAAGCACUGGCAACAGAUGUAGACACUGAGAACAAAGUCUUGACUUGCGAAUCGAUAAUUUGUGAUGGGAACUCCUGCGAAAUCAAUGAAUUUGAGGUCUCAUACGAUCGGCUAGUGGUCACCAUUGGGGCACAAACGAACACGUUCGGAAUUCCCGGAGUUCGGGAGCACUGUAACUUCUUGAAACAAGUAGAAGAUGCAAGACGGAUUCGAACGGCCAUCGUCAACUGUUUCGAACGUGCCAAUCUCCCAGGUCUUUCGGAAGAAGAUCGUAUUAAUAAUUUAACCUUUGCGAUUAUUGGAGCCGGUCCAACUGGGAUUGAAUUUGCUGCAGAACUUCGUGAUUUUGUGGAACAAGAUGGGCCCAAAUAUUACCCGAAUCUGCUUAGAUACGUGCGGAUUAAAGUCAUCGAGGCUUCGUCGACGGUGCUUGCCCCAUUCGACAAGUCCUUGCAAGAGGAGGCCAUUAAACAAAUGAACCGAAGUGUCGAAUUCAAGAACCCGGAUAUCUAUAGACUUCUCCCGGAACAAUUUAGACUGGUAGAACUUCUGCUUGAUAGUUCUGUGAAAGAAGUGACAGCUAAGCAAAUUUUGUUGAACGACGGCAGCGUCAUUGAUUAUGGACUUUCUGUUUGGGCUGCCGGUAAUGGUCCCUUACCACUAACGCUUCAACUUGUUGAAAAACUGGGGGACAAACAAAGCGAGGAACAGAAUGUUGCUCGCGGAAGGCUCGUUACUGAUGCUUGGAUGCGGGCCAAGGGAUCUAAUGGCAGUAUCCUAGCAUUUGGUGACUGUUCGUGCACGACUCAAGGUCCGGAUGGUCCGCUCCCGGCCACGGGACAAGUCGCAGCGCAACAAGGAGAAUACCUAGCGAAGUUGAUGAACAAGGGUUACGAUCUUAGUCCAGAAUCCGACAGCAAUGAUGGAGCUACCGAAAUCCCCCCAGCUCGUAGCCCCGACUAUCAAUCGACCAUUUCAGAAUCGAUUGCUAGUUUCUCGACUGGUACAAAGGAAUGUGCGAAGCCUUUCCAAUUUCUCAAUCUUGGAAUUCUAGCCUACACAGGUGGUGGCUCCGCACUGGCUCAAGUGUCAACAGCUCCCGAAGCUCAACCUAUCAAGGGGACAGGGAAGGUGGGAAACGCCUUGUGGAAGAGUGUUUACAUCAGCAAACAAGUUUCUUGGCGAAACAGGUUGAUGGUCAUCAACGAUUGGGCCCGUAGACAGAUCUUCGGCCGCGACAUUACUAGAUUAUAAAUAUUCAAAGAAAAAUUAUUUUAAGCA